AUGGAGAUCUCCGGUGAACAAGACAAAGAAGAAGAAGAAGAAGGUGCCAUGCCAAAAGAAGUAAGCAUAGUCCCAGUUUCAGACUCUGAAAAGUUGGUCUACCAAAUUCUCAAUGGUCCAAACGAACACUGUCUAGAGAAUUUCCGAAUGGACAAGCCUGUCUUCUACAAGCUGUGCGACAUCCUCCAAACCAGAGGCUUAUUACGCCACACGAAUCGGAUCAAGAUCGAGGAGCAGCUAGCCAUCUUCCUCUUCAUCGUCGGCCAUAACCUUCGAACUCGCGCUGUCCAAGAGCUCUUCGGAUACUCUGGGGAGACCAUCAGCCGCCAUUUCAACAACGUCUUGAAUGCAAAUCUGCCAGGCUUUAUGGCGCCUUAUCAUGGUGUUUCAGGACAAGGAGCAAAGGAGAUAUUCAACGAGCGACACAGGUUGUUGCAUGGAGCGGUUGACCGAGCUUUUGGAGCCUUGAAAGAACGAUUCCCGAUUCUUCUUUCAGCUCCUCCGUAUCCUCUGCAAACACAAGUGAAACUCGUGAUUGCCGCAUGUGCACUGCACAACUAUGUCCGCUUGGAGAAACCAGACGAUUUAGUGUUUAGGAUGUUUGGACAAGACGCUGUUGCGGAAGACGGAGGAGUAGCGGCCGCGUUAGAGGAAGAGAAUCAAGGAGAGAUAGAGAGACAUGAACAUGGAUCGUUUAGACCACAACAAGUUGAAGAUUGUUUAAGGUUAAGAGAUGAGAUCGCAUCCCAUCUCUGGGACCAUUAUGUUCAAAAUCUCUCUGCCUUCUAA